AUGAACACCCGAAAACAAAGAAAACCGAAUAACAAAAAUGGAGGAGGACAACGAUCAUCGAAGCAAUUUUCGUACCAAUUCAAUCUAAGCAGUUAUUCACAACUAACAACAACUAAUCUCUCAAUAAUCAUUCAUCCCAUAGCAUUAAACAAGGGAAAAGAAACGGCAGCAACUUAUCCAAGAAAGAACAGUAAAGGCAAAACUAAAAACGGAAACCAUGGUUAUGUGGAUUGUUGUCGCGGUGUAUGGAGAAUACAAGGAUCUCUUGCAAUAACUAGACGAAUUGGGGAUCGGCAUUUAAAACAAUUUGUUAUUACGGAACAAGAAACUAAAGUAUUGAGGAUUGAUACAGAUUGUGAGUUCUUCAUCUUAGCAUCUGAUGGCCUUUGGGAUAAGGUAAAUUUUCAAAUUUUUAUAGCAGAUAAUCAGGAGGCAAUCGAUCCUGUUCGUGCAUCAUGCGUCGGAGUUGACCAGCCAGAACCAUCUAAUGCUUGUAAAAAGCUGGUUGAGCUAGCAAUUAAAAGGUGCUCAAUGGAUGAUAUAAGUGUUAAGAUUAUUCAAUCAGGUCGUUUUAGAUCAUAAUCUACCUUUUAGCAUAGAAGAAUAUAUGGAUGGAGAUGAUGCAUGAUAAUUGCUUUUCCUGCAAACAGUUUCUUUAAAAGAAA